CUCAAUAGUUUAGCAACAGCUACGUCUUAGAAACGCGCCCAUUGAAAAAACAAAGUUACAUAUCGUCGCUGCGCCAACAAAAACAAACUGAUCAAAAACAGCUAUGUGCUCGCAGUAUUAGAAAUACUCUGAAAAACGGGUAUACGCUUACUUGCUUAUAACUGUCUUUUAUCGCAGAUGAGCGUGCUUUGAUAUCGAUACCACUUACACUACAUAGAUUCUACUAUUUAAUUUGAUCGCUUGCAAUUGGAAUUCAACAAUUAACAAAGAUGCAAAUCACCACAGCAACAAACACACAGCAUGUACAAUACAGGCAUCGGCAAAGUGGCGUUACCCAGCGUAAACAAACAUGCGUGGGAAAAGCAAUGCAUAAAACUAACCAUACACAACAGCGGCACACGUGCAUAUGUACAUACAUACAUACCUACAUACAUACACACCCACGCAUAAACAAUGGCACAGCAUCAUCAAUCCAGGCAACGGCAAAGUGGCGUGAUCUAGCGCGUAAACAAACAAGAGUGCAAAAGGGAAAACGCAAACAGUACACCAUCGACAUAUCUACAUGCAUACAUACCUAUAUGCAUGUAACAGAUAAACAAAUGCACAAGGCCCAGCACUGCAGGCAAAAGCAAGGUGGUGCGAUCAGGCGCGCAAACGAAUUAGCACGCCACCUACACAAAAUGCAUUAGAACAAACAUGGGGAGACAUAUGUACAUGCAUAUAUACCUACAUACAACGCACAUACGACACACAUCAACACACGAACUAGGGCACAGGCAAAAUGCCAUGAUCAAGUGCAUUAACCAAACCAACAACACCCAACAAGGCAAAAAGGCAACAACUACGUACAGCGACGUAACCCAGCCAAUUGUGCCGCGUUUAGAUAAAAAGGCGGCCGAGAAACGAAUAUCGAUCACAACACACCAUGUCGUCAUACAGUACCAGCGAAGGAGACGAAUACUCCGCCGUAUACCUGAACAAUGACUCCUUACGGGUUAGGCUGAGGAGGAUGACGGCACCAGAAACAGAAGAAAGCGAAUCCUAUUCAGUGAGCGGCGACGAAACGGAGGUGUUCGGCGAACUAGGCGAAGACAGCGACGAUACGGAGGUGUUCGGCGAACUAGACGAAGACAACGAGGUUGAAGGGGCGUUGGAAAAAGCCUCCACUCCCAUAGUAAUCUCUAGCGAUGAAGAAGACGACGAAGAUGACUACCAGCCUAAAAGACGAGGCGAAGUAAAUAUUACCUCAGAAGACAACCAACGCGCAGGUGAGGGGUACAUUGAAUACACCCGCAACGUGGGCAUACGCCUACGUAUUUUCACGGACACCACCGCAACUACCCCAGGAGAAGGACCACCACCGAAGCGGUAUAUUUGUGAGGCCAUCAGCAGCACCACACAAGACGACGGGGAGAUGAGCCUGAUGGCGAGCGAGGGUUUAUUCCGCGAAGUCGACGAGGCGGCCACUAACCACAACUCCCAUACCGAGGAUGAAGAUUUAAUGGGCGAAAUAAUGAGGUGGCUGGACGCGAACGAGGCUGAAAUCACAAACCCCCCAACGAAUUGGCGUAACCUGACUGGGCAGGCCCAACUGCCAACGGAGCUAACCGAAAGCCUACGGCGACACCUCCAAGAAGAACGAAGGCCAGGAACGAAACAGUCACAACGUUCAUAUACAUAUACAUAUAAUAUUUUCAAUUGUACAUAAAAUAUAUAUGAAAUUGUUAAGUAAUACUUUGAAUUGAAAAUACAUACUUUGAAUUGUAGCCACAUAUUGUACAGCACUAAGCGAUUUGAACUACCGUUAUAAUUUAUAUAAUCAUAUACAUAAAUACAAUUGUACAUACACUUUAAGCACGAUGGCAAUAAAGAACAAAGCGCAAAGGACA